AUGAAGGCCUCUGCUCUACUGAUCUCAUGGCACGACGACAAUGUUCCCAUUUAUUCCGUGCAUUUUGACCCCAAUGGCAAGGGUCGCCUAGCAACUGGUGGAAAUGAUAAUAACGUCCGACUCUGGAGAGUCGAAUCCACCGGGGAAGAACGAAAGGUUACAUAUCUGAGUACCCUCAUCAAACAUACUCAAGCAGUCAAUGUGGUCCGUUUUUGUCCAAAAGGUGAGAUGCUGGCAUCUGCUGGAGACGACGGCAAUGUCUUGCUCUGGGUGCCAUCGGAGCUGCAGACACAGCCUGCUCUGGGAGAAGACCGGUCAGAUGAUAAGGAGACUUGGCGAGUGAAGCACAUGUGCCGCUCGUCCGGUGCGGAGAUCUACGAUUUGGCUUGGUCGCCCGAUGGAGUGUUUAUUAUGACCGGAAGCAUGGACAACAUUGCCCGCAUAUACAAUGCGCAAACUGGGCAAAUGGUCCGACAGAUUGCAGAGCAUUCGCACUAUGUCCAAGGCGUCGCGUGGGAUCCGCUCAACGAAUUUGUCGCAACUCAGUCAUCCGAUCGAUCUGUUCACAUUUACAGUUUGAAGACGAAAGAUGGCCAAUUUACACUGACUCCCCAUGGCAAGGUUCUCAAGAUGGAUCUACCUGCCAAACGAAUCUCAUCCAGCAGCCCUGCUCCGGAGCCCAUCAGCCGGCCGCAACAUAGUACAAGUAACCCAAUUGCAAUUGCUUCACCCGCUCCCUCUACGCCGGGAACCCCGAUGGCAUCAAAUUUACCUAUGGAUCCUCCACCGGUUUCCCACAGCCGACGUUCUUCAUUUGGUUCAUCACCAUCGAUUCGACGCUCGGCAUCUCCCGCCCCAUCUUUGCCGUUGCCUGCUGUGAAGCCUCUGGAAGUCUCUUCCCCAAGUCUUCAUGGAGGCCUCGGAGUGAGGAAUACUAGCAUCUAUGCCAAUGAAACCUUCACUUCAUUCUUUCGCCGGCUGACCUUCGCCCCUGAUGGAAGCUUGUUGUUCACGCCCGCUGGUCAAUAUAAGACCUCCCAUGUCUCACCUACCGAUCCUUCCAAGACAACAGACGAGAUCAUCAACACAGUGUAUGUGUAUACGCGUGCCGGCUUCAACAAGCCGCCAAUUUCCCACCUUCCUGGCCACAAGAAGCCCUCUGUUGCUGUCAAAUGCUCUCCGAUUUUUUACACGCUAAAGCAAGGCACUCAGUCUGCCAAGCACCUCACUAUCGAUACCUCGACUGAAGAGUCAAUGUUUCCUCCGUUACCGGGUCCAGUUGUAUCAGGAAAUACAAGCCAAGCUCCCAAGGACGCGGCCACAGGUGACAACCUGGCAUCUCAACCAUCACAACAAACCGAGAACAGCAACAAUGCGGGGCAAGGAUCCCCAGCCCCCGUUUUUGCGCUUCCUUACCGCAUCGUCUAUGCUGUAGCUACACAGGACGCCGUUUUGAUCUAUGACACACAGCAGCAAACUCCUCUGUGUGUGGUAAGCAAUCUGCAUUUUGCAACUUUCACCGACUUGACCUGGUCGGAUGAUGGCUUGACAUUGCUCAUGAGCUCUUCCGAUGGGUUUUGUUCAACUCUCUCGUUUGCACCCGGGGAGCUAGGCCAGGUUUACACAGGAUUGGCUGCAUCUGCCCUUUCUGCCCUAUCUGGCACCUCAAGCACUCCUUCAAACCAUGUGACCCCUUUACCUACCCCGAAUCAUGCUCCAUCCCCCAUCAAGCCUGCCCACCCGCAAGCCAGUAGCGGAAACUCGGCACCCAGCACCUCUCAGGCACCUCCGGCUAGCCCUGCACGAUCCAAUUCCGCUUGCUCGGUUGCAACACAAUCAUCAAACCAGCAGUCCGGCGCUGUGGUGAACAACCCAACCCCAACUCUGGGAUCUGUUCCAUCAGUAACGGCCACACACUCUGCGCAGCCUUCAGCACUUCCUCUGACUACUCCACCCCAAACCCCUCUACCAAUACCUGGCUCACAAGGUGGUACCAAUACGCUCACGGGCACCGUACUUGGUAAACGAGACAUAAGAACCGCUAGCGAGUCUGAGAAAGAGGAGAGCAAGGGUCCAGAAGUUACCCAGGCCCAACAGCCAAAGAAACGCCGAAUCGCGCCAACUCUUGUCUCAACCAGCACCGACGCAGCACCUCCAUCCAAAGAUGACGCCGGAAACACAGGAACUGGUGGCUAG